AUGGAGGAAUCAAUCAUCCACGUCGUACAGACACUUGCUGAUGAAUGCCUUUCCAAAAACAUUGAUGCCUCUCAGGCUCUUAUUGCUUACACAGUUAGAUCCGUUAUUUCAUCAAGAUUAGAAGAAUUUCAGAUUGAUGUUUCAAAGCCAUUAGAAGAUUCAAAAGUACAACUUCUUCAUGAUGAAUCAAUGAAGAUGCUUGGCGAUCCAGAGUCUAUCCCGAUGUUAACUAUCAGGAUGCAAGUAGAUAUGGAUCUUGCUCUUGCACAAGCAGAUAGAAAUGCCAAACAAAAGGAAGAACGUGACAAGGAACAUCGUGAUGCAAUUGAACAAGAGCUCAUUACUACACGCGCUCGUAGCCAAACAGCCAUUGACGCUUUAUACAGAAAAAUUGUUUCAUAUACAAUCAUUACAUCUCAUUGGGGUACACCAAACGAUCCACAAGAUGUUCGUCUUGCAACAUCAGCUCUUGAACAAAUUUUCCCAAAGUCGGAUGUUCCAAAGUAUCUCGCUUUAUCUGAUGAAGAAAAACGUGCUAAACUUCAAGAUCUUUCCAACAAUGUUCUUGGUGUUCGUGUUUUCCAGACAUUUGGCGGUGAUCUUGCUGAUCCAGCAACAAAUCUUCGUCUUGAAGUACCAAAGAAGCUUAAUGCUGCAAAGGACCGUAUCACAACAUCAAUCGAAGGUGUCAAUUCAUUAAUUAUUGAAUACAACAAAGCCCUCAAAGAUGAAAACGUUCCAAACGCUAAACGCCUUACAGAUGAGCUUGCCAACAGACAGCAAUUCAACUUCUUCUACGAAUUUCUCCUUACAAGACUGAAAGAUAUCUCAGUUGGAGUUGAAAAAUCAACAAUUGAAUUUGAUUCAAUCAUCGAAAACCUCCGUAACCAGAUGGAAAUAUCAGACUCCGUCCCAACACAAAAAUCCAUGCCAUAUUUUGCCGCUCUUGCUGAAGUUUGGCAUAAAUUGAAGGGAUGCGAAGACCAAGUCCAAACAAUCGAAAAUCUUCUUGCUAGACUUCGUAAGCAUCGUGAUACAUUUACAUAUUCCAUCUCUACUGUUGAUGAAACUGCCCCAACAAUUCCAACUCCACAACAAACUCCUCCUACCGAAAAGGAAGUCAUCCCUAAGGAAUCAGAAGUUGCUGGAGAUGACAGCCAUCCAGUUCUCGUUCAACAUGAUGCAGACGGAGAAUUUGCAUUCAACGGAUUUUGUCCUGUAACUUUGGUUGAACGAAAUGGUUUACUUUUACCAGGUGAUGUUGUUUUAGGCAGCAUCAAAUGGGAGAAAAGGUACUAUGCCUUCGUUGACCAGGUCAAAAGAAACAAAUUCUUGGCAGAUCCUCAGUAUUGGCACGAUGAAGCCAUGAAAGUUGCGCAGAAAAAGCCAGAACUUGUUCCUUUGCUCGGAUUACAGAACGAAUUCCCGAUUUUACAGGCUCAAAAGAUUCCGAUUAGAGCAUCUCAACCAAAACCAAAGAAAUCCAAGCUCAGAGAUAGCGAAAUCCAAACAGAAGUACAUCCAGUGGAAUCUUACAUCGAUAUGACUUAUCAUUGGAACCAAUGGGAGUUAAACAAGAGAAAGAAGAUCCUCAAAGGCCUACAGAACAAGAGAACAAAGAGCUCUCAAACAGAUGAAAGCCAUUACAGAAGAGAUUCCGUUGUCCAAACAAUAUUAAAGAGAGAUAAAGGUCAACAAACAAUGGUUGAGACAGGAACAUCAAUGCCAAGACAAGUUAGAUAUAUCGCUGGCCUCCGCGGUGACUCUGGAACAAAGCCAAAGGUUGUUACUCUUACUCUCGACCUCUAA